CCCCGCCCGGCUGCCCUCAGCGCCGCCGCCCUCGCUCGGUGCGGCCCGGCGGGCGGGAUGAAGCUGACGGACAACGUGCUGCGGAGCUUCCGCGUGGCCAAGGUCUUCCGCGAGAACUCGGACAAGAUCAACUGCUUCGACUUCAGCCCCAACGGCGAGACCGUCAUUUCCAGCAGCGACGAUGACUCCAUCGUUCUCUACGACUGCCAGGAGGGCAAGCCAAAGAGGACCCUGUACAGUAAGAAGUAUGGAGUGGACCUCAUCAGAUACACCCAUGCUGCCAACACUGUUGUGUACAGCUCCAACAAAAUAGAUGACACAAUCCGAUACCUCUCCCUGCAUGACAACAAAUACAUUCGCUAUUUCCCAGGGCACACAAAAAGGGUGGUUGCUCUUUCAAUGUCUCCAGUGGAUGAUACUUUUAUUUCUGGAUCUCUGGAUAAAACUAUUCGUCUCUGGGAUCUCCGCUCUCCCAAUUGCCAGGGUUUAAUGCAUCUCCAAGGGAAGCCAGUGUGUUCUUUUGACCCAGAAGGGUUGAUUUUUGCUGCUGGAGUCAAUUCUGAAAUGGUGAAGCUUUAUGAUCUCCGUUCUUUUGACAAGGGACCAUUUGCCACGUUUAAGAUGCAGUAUGACCGAACGUGUGAGUGGACAGGCCUGAAGUUCAGCAAUGAUGGCAAACUCAUCCUCAUCUCCACCAACGGCGGCUUCAUCCGGCUCAUCGAUGCCUUCAAAGGAGCUGUCUUGCACACGUUUGGGGGUUAUAACAAUAGUAAGGCUGUCACGCUGGAGGCAUCAUUCACACCAGACUCUCAGUUCAUCAUGAUAGGUUCAGAGGAUGGGAAGAUCCAUGUUUGGAAUGGAGAAAGUGGGAUGAAGGUGGCUGUCCUAGAUGGAAAACACACAGGUCCUAUAACCUGUCUGCAGUUCAAUCCAAAAUUCAUGACUUUCGCUAGUGCAUGUUCCAAUAUGGCCUUCUGGUUGCCAACUAUCGACGAUUAACUCCUGCGCUGUGG